GUCAUUCACAACCCCCUGAAAGCGCUAGGGGACCAGUUCUACAAAGAAGCAAUUGAGCACUGUCGCAGCUACAACUCUCGGCUCUGUGCCGAGCGAAGCGUCCGCCUUCCCUUCCUGGAUUCGCAGACUGGGGUAGCGCAGAACAACUGCUACAUCUGGAUGGAGAAGAGGCACAGGGGACCAGGCCUGGCCCCAGGUCAGCUGUACACAUACCCAGCACGUUGCUGGCGCAAAAAGAGGCGUUUGCAUCCCCCUGAGGAUUCCAGGCUGAAGCUGCUGGAAAUUAAACCUGAAGUUGAUCUGCCUCUGAAAAAAGAUGGGUUCACCUCAGAAAGUACAACUCUGGAAGCCUUGCUGCGUGGAGAGGGAAUAGAGAAAAAAACAGACACUAAAGAGGAAGACACUAUACAAGAAAUCCAGAGGGUUUUAGAAAAUGAUGAAAAUGCAGAUGAAGUGAAUGAGGAAGAAGAUUUGGAAGAAGAUAUUCCAAAACGAAAGAACAGGCCUAGAGGACGGCCAAAGACACCCACCUGGAAAAAAAUUUUCCAGAAAAAUGCUCGGGGAUCUGGAGGUGGCAGGAGACGGAAUGAUGCUGCCUCCCAGGAUGAUCAUGACAAACCCUAUGUUUGUGACAUCUGUGGCAAGCGUUACAAGAACAGGCCUGGGCUGAGCUACCACUAUGCUCACACUCACCUCGCCAGCGAAGAGGGUGAUGAAGCCCGUGAGCAGGAGACCCGCUCUUCCCCUGUCCACCGAAAUGAAAACCACAAACCCCAGAAAGGACCAGACGGGGUCAUCAUUCCCAAUAACUACUGUGACUUCUGCCUCGGAGGCUCCAAUAUGAACAAAAAAAGUGGCCGGCCUGAGGAACUUGUAUCGUGCUCAGACUGUGGGCGCUCUGGACACCCGACCUGCCUGCAGUUCACCACAAACAUGACUGAGGCUGUUAAAACCUAUCAGUGGCAAUGCAUUGAGUGCAAAUCCUGCAGCCUUUGUGGGACCUCAGAGAACGAUGACCAGCUGCUCUUCUGUGAUGACUGUGACCGUGGCUAUCACAUGUAUUGCUUGAAUCCACCAGUCUUUGAGCCCCCAGAAGGGAGCUGGAGUUGUCAUUUGUGCCAGGAGCUGCUCAGAGAGAGAGCAUCAGCUUUUGGCUACCAGGCCUGAGGAGCUCCAGCAGUCAAGAAACACCUUGCUCCUGGUGUUGCCGUACCAGCACACAAUUCCCUUCCAGAACAAAAGACACAACCCACAUCCAAAUGAAUGGACACUCAAAUAAAGGAAGAGGUAUCUGUGGUAUCCACUGUCACUAAUGCCAGACCUCCUGGGCUCUGCUAGGACUGUGUACUUCCCAAUGAUCCGGAUGAAAUCUCUUCACUGCUGUGCAUGGCUGCUGCUUGCCAUUAACAGGCUCACAUGCAUUAUGGAAGGGGGAGGGUUGUUAUACUGACAUGGAGAAGCCAAUUUUGUGUGGCCUUGUGCUUUCUGUUUACUCUUUUUUAAAUUGAAAAAGUAGUAAGAUAUUUCCCAAGCAAUUAUUGGUGAGUACUUCAGCUGGGAGCAGCACCAGGUGUUUCUCCUCACAGGCUUGACUGGAAAUCUUUUUACUGCAACCACUCUGUAGCUGCAUGGGUGC